GCGACCCCCGCCUUGCCCCACCCCACACCACGGCCGGUAACGCCCCCUUCGCUGCGGGCCCGGGAUCGAACUUUUCUCCAACUUCCGAGACCCGUGAGAUUCCCUCUUUAGCAACCCGGCCCUCUUGAUCCCUCUACCCAUCCCCGGGCCCGUCUUGAUCCCCGACUCAGAGAUUCCUGCCCUCCACCUCAAGGUCUGGGUCCCGCCAUCCUCCAGUCCCCUCAACCUGCCAGAUUUCUCUUCUCGGAUCCCCGGGAUCCCGCGCGCCCACCACCAGUUUACGAGACCCUUUGGAUCCAGUGAUCCGGGUUCUCCGGGCUCCUCCAGCCGGAUCCCGGGUGGGCGCCGGGCGGCGGGUCCUGGGCCUCCCCCCAUGGCCGCCGCCCCCUCCCAUCCCGCCGGGCUCCCGGGCUCUCCCGGGCCGGCGUCUCCUCCACCCCCCGGCGGCUUGGAGCUACAGUCGCCGCCACCGCUGCUGCCCCAGGUCCCGGCCCCGGGCCCGGGCCCCGGGGUCUCCUUCCACAUCCAGAUCGGGCUAACCCGCGAGUUCGUGCUGUUGCCCGCCGCCUCCGAGUUGGCCCAUGUGAAGCAGCUGGCUUGCUCCAUCGUGGACCAGAAGUUCCCCGAGUGUGGCUUCUAUGGCCUUUACGACAAGAUCCUGCUCUUCAAACAUGACCCCACGUCCGCUAACCUCCUGCAGCUGGUGCGCUCCGCCGGAGACAUCCAGGAGGGCGACCUGGUGGAGGUGGUGCUGUCGGCUUCGGCUACUUUCGAGGACUUCCAGAUCCGUCCGCAUGCACUCACGGUGCACUCCUACCGCGCACCUGCCUUCUGCGACCACUGCGGGGAGAUGCUCUUCGGUCUCGUGCGCCAGGGCCUCAAGUGUGAUGGCUGCGGACUGAACUACCACAAACGCUGCGCCUUCAGCAUCCCCAACAACUGCAGUGGGGCCCGCAAGCGUCGCCUGUCGUCCACGUCUUUGGCCAGUGGCCAUUCGUUGCGUCUGGGCACCUCGGACUCCCUGCCCUGCCUGGCUGACGAGCUGAGCCGCAGCACCACCGAGCUCCUGCCUCGCCGCCCCCCCUCGUCGUCCUCCUCAUCGUCUGCCUCAUCCUACACGGGUCGCCCCAUCGAGCUGGACAAGAUGUUGCUCUCCAAGGUCAAGGUGCCACACACCUUCCUCAUCCACAGCUACACACGACCCACCGUCUGCCAGGCUUGCAAGAAACUUCUCAAGGGCCUCUUCCGCCAGGGUCUUCAGUGCAAAGGUCAGCAGGGGACCCCGCGUGGGGUGGGAGACAGACAGGGUCAGAACUACCUCCCCCUAUACACACCCAUAGGCAUAGGAUCUUACUCCCUAGGGUACAUCCCCCUAAUGAGGGUGGUGCAGUCAGUGCGACACACGACACGGAAAUCCAGCACCACACUGCACGAAGGUUGGGUGGUUCAUUACAGCAACAAGGACACGCUGAGGAAGCGGCACUAUUGGCGCCUGGACUGCAAGUGUAUCACACUCUUCCAGAACAACACAACCAACAGAUACUACAAGGAAAUUCCACUCUCGGAAAUCCUUGCUGUGGAGCCUGCCCAGAACUUCAGCCUUGUGCCACCGGGCACCAACCCACACUGCUUCGAGAUCGUCACUGCCAAUACCACCUACUUCGUGGGCGAGACACCUGGCGGAGCCCCAGGGGGGCCCAGCGGGCAGGGGGCUGAGGCUGCCCGGGCCUGGGAAACAGCCAUCCGCCAGGCCCUGAUGCCCGUCAUCCUCCAGGAUGCACCCAGCGCCCUGGGCCAUGCGCCCCACAGACAAGCUUCUCUGAGCAUCUCUGUGUCUAACAGUCAGAUCCAAGAGAAUGUGGACAUUGCCACUGUCUACCAGAUCUUCCCGGAUGAGGUGCUGGGCUCAGGGCAAUUUGGAGUGGUCUAUGGCGGAAAGCACCGGAAGACGGGACGGGAUGUGGCAGUAAAAGUCAUCGACAAACUGCGUUUCCCCACCAAGCAGGAGAGCCAGCUCAGGAACGAAGUAGCCAUUCUGCAGAGUCUACGGCACCCGGGGAUCGUGAACCUGGAGUGCAUGUUUGAGACACCCGAGAAGGUGUUUGUGGUGAUGGAGAAGCUACACGGGGACAUGUUGGAGAUGAUCCUCUCCAGCGAGAAGGGCCGGCUGCCCGAGCGCCUCACCAAAUUCCUCAUCACCCAGAUCCUGGUGGCUUUGAGACACCUUCACUUCAAAAACAUCGUUCACUGUGACUUGAAACCAGAAAAUGUGUUGCUGGCAUCGGCUGACCCAUUUCCUCAGGUGAAGCUAUGUGACUUUGGCUUCGCACGCAUCAUCGGUGAGAAGUCGUUCCGGCGCUCGGUGGUUGGCACGCCGGCCUACCUGGCACCCGAGGUGCUGCUCAACCAGGGCUACAACCGCUCUCUGGACAUGUGGUCGGUGGGCGUGAUCAUGUAUGUCAGCCUCAGUGGCACGUUCCCUUUCAAUGAGGAUGAGGACAUCAACGACCAGAUCCAGAACGCAGCCUUCAUGUACCCAGCCUGUCCCUGGAGCCACAUCUCCACAGGAGCCAUCGACCUCAUCAACAACCUGCUGCAGGUGAAGAUGCGCAAGCGCUACAGCGUGGACAAGUCUCUCAGCCAUCCAUGGUUACAGGAGUACCAGACGUGGCUGGACCUCCGAGAGCUGGAGGGGAAGAUGGGCGAGCGGUACAUCACGCACGAGAGUGACGAUGCACGCUGGGAGCAGUUUGUGGCCGAGCACCCGCUGCCCGGGCCAGGGCUGCCCGCAGACGGAGAGCUGGGUGGGGGAGGUGAGGCCCUCCCACCGCAGGAUCAUGAAAUGCAAGGGCUAGCGGAGCGCAUCAGUGUCCUCUGAGGCUCAGUGACCUCGCUCUGGCUGCUCCUUGAUACUGUCCGCCCACCGCCNCCCCCCCUCCCCCGCUCUCGGGGACGGCCCUCCACACCAUCCCAGCGACGGACUACUGUAGGGGAAACGGCUUCCUGCUCAAACUGGAAGGGACACACCCCGGGGGAGGAGCAUGGCGGAGAUGGGGGGCAGUUAUUUCCAAAGCUAAUUACACAACAAUUAAAACGGACUCAUCUCUGGCCUCAUGGCCAGAUCUCUGGCCACACCA